AUGUCUGCCCUCGCUCCCACUCAGAAAGCACCCGAAGGCAUCGAUCUGAUCGGUCGCUUUGCCUUCGCUGGUGCAGUUUGCUGCUCGGUGACUCAUGGUAGCUUCACCCCCGUCGAUGUCGUCAAGACUAAGAUCCAGCUUGACCCUGCCACCUACAACAAGGGCAUGUUCAGCGCUUUCCGUCAGGUCAUCAAGAAUGAGGGUGCUGGUGCUUUGUUGACCGGUGCCGGUCCUACCUUUGCCGGUUACUUCGCCCAGGGUGCUUUCAAGUUUGGUGGAUAUGAGUAUUUCAAGGCCCUGUCUGUCAAGACUGUUGGUCUCGAAAAUGCUCGCCAAAAUCGCAUUGCUAUCUACUCCGUCUCUGCUGCCGCCGCCGAAUUCUUUGCGUCUAUCGCUCUUUGCCCUCUUGAGGCUACCCGUAUCCGUCUCGUGUCUACUCCUGGAUUUGCCAAUGGCCUCAUCGGCGGGUUCAGUAAGAUUCUGAAAAACGAGGGGGUCGGUGCUUUCUACGGUGGUUUCGGACCUAUCCUCCUUAAGCAGGUUCCCUACACCGUGACCAAGUUUGUCGCUUUCGAGAAGUUCUCUGAACUUAUCUUCGCUCAAUUCGACAAGUCCAAAAUGUCCGAUGGUGCUCAAACCACUGUUAACCUUGGAGCUGGUCUUCUUGCCGGUUUCGCCGCUGCUAUCGUGUCUCAGCCCGCCGAUACUAUGCUGUCGAAAAUUAACAAGACCAAGGCUGCCGCUGGUGAAGGUACCGUUUCUCGUCUCGUCAAGAUUGCCGGUGAGCUCGGCUUCCGUGGUGCUUUUGCUGGUCUUCCCACUCGUCUUGUCAUGGUUGGUGGUAUUACUGCUGGUCAGUUCGCUAUCUAUGGUGAUAUCAAGAAGGCUCUUGGUGCUACCAACGGCACUGAGAUUGCCAAAUAA